AUGACCGCCGGCAUCCGCAUCGUCAAGCCCGUUGACGUCGUCGACGCGCCUGACCUCACCAUCACAGAGUACGUCGGCCGCGUCGCAUCCGCCGACUCUGCCUGCUCUGCUUGCGUGGCGACCGUGCGCACCGCCACAAAAGAGCUUCCGCAGUGCCCUUCGUUCGAUGAGUUUGUGCUGGUUCUCGAGGGAGAGGUGCACAUCAUGCACGGCGCCAACCUCACGGAAUGCGCCAUCGUGCGGGCAGGCGAAGGGCUCGUCCUGCGCAAGCACACACGCGUACAGUGGGUUUGGCCUGGGCCGUGUAAGUACGUGCCAAUCUGCUUGCCAGCCUUCUCGCCCUCGAACUGCGGGCGAGAGGAGACCUUUGGUGGGCCGGCGGCGAAAACCGAGGCGUCGAUGGACCGCCUCCGCGAGCUCCAUGCCGCUUCGGGCCUGGCGAUGGCGAGGAGCAGGCUGGAGUCGGCCGCCUCGACGUGGUUCGGAGGCGUGGCGCUGGGCCUGCUGCUCGGGGUCGCCACCGCACGCGCAUUGCGUUGA